CACGCGGCGCUCGCGCUCCCUGCUUAAAUAAGCCUGGGCGCCCCGCGCCCGCCACUUCAGCGGAUCCCGCGUCGCGGCCGCGAGCUGAGCUGUCAACCUGUCCGCGGCGGCACGCCAACGCUCCUCGGCUCCCAGGCGGUAGAUGGGACUGCGCGCCGCGGGGCAGGAGGCGGCGCCCGUCGGGGGGCUCAGGCCAAGCGGCAGCCCGCCGGGGGGCUCGGGCAUGGCGGACCGCAGGACCUGAGCCCUUCCCUGCGGGAAGGCAGCCUGGUGGCGGGCGAUGGGUACGGAGCGGGGCCGCUGCCGCGCCCGGCCGUGAGCGACGCGCCUCCGCCGCUGCUACCCAAGCCCUCGCGAAGCGCUGGGCCGCUCGGGAACAUGGCCCUGGAACGGCUGUGCUCGGCCCUCAAAGUGUUGUUAAUAACAAUACUGGUAGUGGAAGGAAUUGCUGUAGCCCAAAAAACCCAAGAUGGACAAAAUAUUGGAAUCAAGCAUAUUCCUGCUACCCAGUGUGGCAUUUGGGUUCGAACCAGCAAUGGAGGUCAGUUUGCUUCACCCAAUUAUCCUGACUCCUACCCACCAAACAAAGAGUGCAUCUACAUUUUGGAAGCUGCUCCGCGUCAGAGAAUAGAGCUGGCCUUUGAUGAGCAUUACUACAUAGAGCCGUCGUUUGAGUGCCGCUUUGACCACGUGGAGGUCCGAGAUGGGCCGUUUGGUUUCUCUCCUCUGAUCGAUCGUUACUGUGGCAUGAAAAGCCCUCCGUUAAUUAGGUCAACAGGGAGAUUCAUGUGGAUUAAGUUUAGUUCUGAUGAAGAGCUUGAAGGACUGGGAUUUCGAGCAAAAUACUCAUUUAUUCCAGAUCCAGACUUUACUUACCUAGGAGGUAUUUUAAAUCCCAUUCCAGAUUGCCAGUUUGAGCUCUCAGGAGCUGAUGGAAUAGUACGUUCUAGUCAGGUAGAACAAGAGGAGAAAACGAAACCUGGCCAAGCAGUUGAUUGCAUAUGGACAAUCAAAGCCACACCCAGAGCUAAGAUUUAUUUGAGGUUCCUAGAUUAUCAAAUGGAGCACUCAAAUGAAUGCAAGAGAAACUUCGUCGCAGUCUAUGAUGGAAGCAGUUCUAUUGAAAACCUGAAGGCCAAGUUCUGCAGCACUGUGGCCAAUGAUGUGAUGCUGAAGACAGGAAUUGGAGUGAUACGGAUGUGGGCAGAUGAAGGUAGUCGGCUUAGCAGGUUCAGAAUGCUCUUUACUUCCUUUGUGGAGCCUCCCUGCACUGGCAGCACUUUCUUUUGCCACAGCAACAUGUGCAUCAACAGCUCCUUAGUCUGUAACGGUGUUCAGAACUGCGCCUACCCUUGGGAUGAGAAUCACUGUAAAGAAAAGAAAAGAUCAGGACUGUUUGAACAAAUCACUAAAACUCAUGGAACAAUUAUUGGCAUUACAUCAGGGAUUGUCUUGGUCCUUCUCAUUAUUUCUAUUUUAGUACAAGUGAAACAACCUCGAAAAAAGGUCAUGGCUUGCAAAACUGCCUUUAGUAAGACUGGAUUCCAAGAAGUGUUUGAUCCUCCUCAUUACGAACUGUUUUCACUAAGGAACAAAGAGAUGUCUGCAGACCUGGCAGACCUGGCUGAGGAGCUGGACGGCUACCAGAAGGUGCGGCGCCCCUCCUCAGCCUCCCGGUGCGUUCACGACCACCACUGUGGGUCACAGGCGUCCAGCGUCAGACAGAGCAGGACCAACCUCAGUGCCAUGGAGCUUCCCUUCCGGAACGACUUUGCACAGCCACAGCCAAUGAAAACGUUUAAUAGCACUUUCAAGAAAAGUAGCUACACCUUCAAACAGGCACAUGAGUGCCCUGACCAGGCCCUAGAAGACAGAGUAAUGGAGGAGAUUCCCUGUGAGAUUUAUGUCAGAGGGCGAGAAGAUUCUGCACAAGCAUCCAUAUCUAUCGACUUCUGACUUCUAACAGUGACCUUCUUGUUGAGUGUAUGUGUGCCGCCUGCAGAGCGCCCACUCUAGCUCCAGCUGCCAGCCCUUUCCUGUCAAACUUUUGUCUGCUUCUAACUUGCUGAGAUGGUGAUGUUUUCGUUCUCUCAGGCCGUUGUCUCUAUGUGUUCAGUCAGCCGAGGAACUUACCAUCUUCAGUAGAAAACAUAAGAAUCCUCUGUUGCCUGGCGUCAUGCAAAGAAAGCACCACCGGUGAGAAGUGUCUGAGAAGGGAGUGGCCGUGCUGAACGCUCAAGGUCCAGGCAUCAGGAAAACCACUCUUGCCUGCUCCAGCUCUGUCAAUAUUUUGAUCCUACUAGUAAACUUAAAAAUGAGGUUUUCCUUUAUCUUUCUUUUCUCUAAAUUUAAUCUGUUUUAGAAGCCUGUAGUUUUACUAUUUCAGUUUCUUACAUAAAUCGAAGUGGUUAAUGUACCAGAUCCUUCAAUGUAGGCAUUUGUUCUUGAAUUUGUCAAAGUACAGCUAGUUACUGUGCCAAUCAAGACUCACUGCUGCUUGCCCACCAGUUUCCUCUGGACUGUUUUCCAUACUUCUGCAUUUUAAUUGCUGGAUUCUUGGUCUUCAUUCUCUAUGAGAAGUAGUAGAUGAUAUGAUUUAUCACCUUUAAAUCAUAUUUUGUCUUAGUUAUAUUAGAAAAUGUCAUAAUCCUGAUAUGUAUGCAACUUUGCCAUUUAUGACUAAAAAUUUGAGAAAGAUUUAAACUUCUGGCAGGCCUUUGAAAUUUCCCAAGUUUUGUCACCUUCAUUGACAGCCCAUUCAUUCCAGUAAACAGGGCUGUCUAAUUUGCUUUUGACAAAGCCUGUAAUUAUGUUUAUUUCCAAUGUUUCUCAUCACAUGAUUAUGUUUUCUAUUAUUUUUAUAAAGCGAUUACUUAGCUCCCUUUGUACACGUAUUGGUUUAUCUUACAGCACAUGGCAACCAAGGUUAUAUGAGGAAAGGGAAAUUUCUAAGAAACUACAGCCUUUAGAUUGCUUCUUACUUGGGAUAGUACAUUUUUCUAGUGCUUAUCAAGAAUAACAACAUCCACUUUUUUUUAAACUGUACUUUUGACCUUAUUUUUUAUCGUAUAUAAAACAAUAAUUUAUAAGCAUAAUAUAAAAACUCAUGUUUUUUUAGACUUUUGAUAUUAUUUUAUACUGUACAAACUUUAUUAAAUCAAAAUUUAAGACCUACAUGACAGACUUCUUCCAGUGUUCACGUUAGCAGCUUUGUAUACAAUAUGCAGUGAUGGAACUAUACGCUAUAACUUAUUGUAAAGACCCUGAUAAUGUGUACAGAAGCUUUUACUUUCCUUUUGUUACUGUGUUUAGUUUGUGACACAUCUUUCUCUGUGUGAUAUUUAUUGCUCUAAGUCAUGACAUAAAUUCUGUAUUAAAAUGCAUGUUGCACAUGAUUCUCAAUCAUGUUGUUUAUGGCACUGAGAUUUGACUCUUACAAUAUGUAUAGAAAGGAAUUCACUUACUCAGUUGUUGCUAAUACAGACAUGCAAUUUAAAAGAGAUAAAUUCUCACUUAGUCUAUUUUCUGUAGUAAAUUCCCAGUGGGAUGAGAUACUGAAGUUGCACUGGAUGCCAUUCACUGUCUGCGUAGCUGUGUUCUCAUAGAUCAGCAGAGACUGUGGCCUUCAACACGGCACACACAGAACACUGCCUCAACAUGGCUCUUGUAUCAAUUUUUUUUUAAUUUUUAACAAAGGUAAUUGGGAAAUAGGAAAACUUCGUAAUAUAUUCAUGAUUUAAAUUUUUAAAGUUAGCAUAGUUUCCUGUUAUAUAAAUACAACUUGGACAGGUAAAAAUUCUUUAUGAAUAUAGUAUUCAGUGAAGUAAUACCACAGGCAGCUAAGUUUUUUUAAUAGCUGUGAGUAGGCAUUUUUGUAGGUAAACUUAUGCCAGCCAACAUGUGCACAGUAUAAUAAAUAAUAUAGCAACUUUUAUCUCAGUCUUCAUGAUGAUGAAAAGGAAAUAUUUUUAAUGUAAAGUUAUGUUUAUUAUGAAAGAAGCUGUUAAAUCCUCUUUAACAUUGAGAUUAUAGUAGAAAAUAGUACAGUAUGCUUAACUACAUUUUCUGUAGCCACUUGUAACUAUAUUUUUGUUUUUGAAGUUUGUUUCCUUUUCUUUUAGAGGGUGUUAAAGACUCAAAAUACAGAGCCUUUAAAGAGUAAGACUUAACAGUAAAACAGCACAGAAGUAAACAGUGUCAUGCGACUCAACAAGUAAAGCUUGGACGAUAAAUUUGGUUCUAUAUUUUCUGGCUUCUAAAACAAAAACAGUUUUUGCUUUUCAUGGUAGAAAGCAGACUUACCUGCAGAAGCUAGUUAUCUCUUGCCCUAAAAGCAUGAGGGUUUUUAUAUAGGACAACAUUUCCUCAGAAUUUAAAAAGUUGCCAAAUGCAGCGGAGAAAGGUCAUAAAGGUCCGUCUGAGCUCAGUGAAGUCUGACUUACUGCAUCCUCAGCACGCUGGGCUCUGACAGUUUUCAGAGAUGGAAUUAAACCAGAUGAUCAAAUAGCUAAGCUGCCUUAGACUGCCAGAUGUUAAAUGCCUUCAUUGAACUUUAGAUGGGUAUUAGAUCUCAUUUAUUUUGUAGCCAAACAUUUUGCCUAUAUUUGUGAAGAAAGGAGACUAGGACUAAUAAAUUUUAGGCAUUCUUACCAGAAAAAUGCUAAUUUAUAUAUAUAUAGUCUUUAAUGUUGGAGAUCAGUGGGAAAACAUUACAAAUUGCUGAAGUGAAAGUUAAAUUUUUGGCUCGGUGCCCAAUAGCUCUGCUUAGGGUGCCAGCCACAUGCACUGGGGCUGGUAGGUUCAAACCCAGCCUGAGCUGCUAAACAACAAUGACAACAAUAACAAAAAAUAGGCAGGCAUUGUGGUGGGCACCUGUAGUCCCAGCUACUGGGAGGCUGAGGCAAGAGAAUCACUUAAACCUAAGAGUUUGAGGUUGCCGUGAGCUAUAACAGCACAGCACUCUACUGAGAGCGACAUAAUGAGAUUCUCAAAAAAAAAAAAAGUCAAAUUUUAAUAAUGGAAAACAUGAAAUUUAGCCAUCUUAUGAAAAUUAUUAACACACAAUGCCCCAGUGUUAUCAAACACAUCUAACAAAAUGCAAAUCUAGAGGGAUGAAGGUCUCCAGGUCAGAGACAGCACACAGUGCCCUGUGACACUGUUGUCAUUAUCCUUCAUCCCAGAUGACACCCCCAAGUGCCCACAACUGAAUUGCAGGGAAUCCAGCAAGCCCCAAACAGAAAUGUAUAGGGGCAAAGUGUGGUGGUCCUCAUCUUUAGUCGGGAGGAGGAAUAUCCAAUCUAAAGGUUUAACCAAAAGUGAAAGAUUUUCACAUUUCAUGUCACAAAAGAGAUUUAAAAGGCUCCUCUGACAGUACCUAUGUCAAUGUCUUUUUCAUGUUUCAUAAUUAUUAGGUAUUAAAAGAACCUCCUGGAUGUCUGCCUCAGAUCGUUUUUAUAGAGCUGCUGUUGCCUGAUGAGGAGGUUUCCUUGUUUCAGGAGUGUGUUAAUGGGUAAGACAGGAUGGGAAAAGCCUGGUUGUGGUUCCAGGAUAAUUCUCUCAAAGGAGAUUAUGCUGUCAUUGCAAGUAGAGUCUGCUGUAUUGUUUAUGUUACUUUAUUGCAAGUAAUAAAAAUAAUGACUUGAAUCACACUGAUUAGACCAAAGAGAAGCCUUGAGUUUUUGGUGUUUAUAAAGAUCCAAGAAAGGUGAUCUGGUCCAGCUUCAUGAGGGAGAAGACUGGAACCCAAAGAAGUGAAGUGAGCACUGGCCUCAGACCCCACCGAGGACUCACAUGCUCUUUGUGCUGGCUUCUUGCUGUGGCCAGCUGAGAGUUUUAAGCCGUCUAAUCAGCACCCCAGAUGUUUCGUGUAAGCUUGUCAAUCAUUUUGAUUUAAAAUUUAAUUUAUUCUAUAAUAGUUAUUUUCAAAGCAUUAUUUUUACCUUUUUUCUUUAUAUAAUACUGUGUUAAUUUUACAAUUUUGUUGCCAUAAUUCCUUAGUAUCUGAAAACUGCAAGACAAUUGCUAUGAAUUCUUAAUAAACAGUGUUUGUUAACAAUGUAUAGGAAGCCAAAUAGAGCUUCGUGUUUUAGCUUUUGUGAUUCUUUCUAAAUUUAAAAGGAACAAUGUGUACUCUAGAAAUUAAACAUUUGUGUGCUAUAUCUCUUGAGUUUCAGAGAAUGAUUUGAGUUCUGAGCCACUAUCAGUGACAAGUUGACCUCAGAUUGUCCUUUUAGUCUCCUGCAAAAUCAGUUAUCUAUGUUUUAUAGUCAUCUACUCAUAACAACUUAAAGUUCUGAAUUUGUUUUAACUUUUUUCAUGUAUUUCUGCAGUUUACUUAGUGACCACAAAGCCUGGGACGCUAGUGAGCAGGGUCUGUGUUUGACAUCUGCUGUCCGAGUAAGUCCUUUAAAAGCCAGACAAGAACUCUCACAUGCUUAGUAUGGGAUUGGACACUUUAUGGGAAAGAAUUUUGA